CAAACUCCUACUCCUCACAUAACUUCCAUUUCACCAUAAGAAACGCCGCCUUUUAUCCCUCUCUCAGCUCUCUGAAAAACUUUAAUUUCAUCUUCAAAAACUCCAAAAAAAAAAAAUGUCUCCUCAAGAUUUCUCUCUUCUCUUUCUCCCUAAUUCCGGCCUUUCCGUUCUCAGUUUUCCUGUCCUGGCCUGUUUCUUCUCCCUUCUCGGCGUCGUGGCCUUCUGGCUCCGGCCCGGCGGGCUGGCCUGGGCUCUCUCCAAUGUCCAUCUUCGCAACCGGGCCGCCAUUCCGGGCCCCCACGGGCUGCCCCUCUUGGGCAUGGUCCUGGCAUUCACCGGCCCGCUCACUCACCGGGUCCUCCAGAGGCUCGCCAAGGCCUUAAAGGCCGAAUCUUUAAUGGCGUUCUCGGUGGGUUUUACUCGGUUCAUCAUCUCCAGCAACCCCGACACCGCUAAGGAGAUUCUUGGCAGCCCGGCUUUCGCUGACAGGCCGGUUAAGGAAUCUGCCUAUGAGCUUUUGUUCCACAAAGCCAUGGGGUUUGCCCCUUAUGGAGAUUACUGGAGGAAUCUGAGGAGAAUCUCCUCUACCCAUUUAUUCUGCCCAAAAAGGAUAGCCUCCUUUGGGGCUUACAGAAACGAAAUCGGGCUAAAAAUGGUGGAUGAGAUAAAAAGUUUGAUGGAGAAAGAAGGAGAGGUGAAAAUCAAGAAAAUCCUCCACUUUGCCUCUCUCAACAAUGUGAUGAAAACUGUCUUUGGGAGAUGCUACGAUUUCACCACUCAAAAGGGCUCAGAGCUCGAGGAGCUUGUGAGUGAAGGGUAUGAGCUUCUUGGGACCUUCAACUGGACUGACCAUUUCCCUGUUCUAGGCUGGUUUGAUUUCCAGGGCGUUAGAAGAAGAUGCAGAGACUUGGUGGGCAAAGUUAAUGUCUUUGUCGGAGACAUCAUCGACGACCACCGCGUUAAAAGGUCCCAGAAUCAAAACGUUGCUAAACCCGACGAUUUCUCCGGGGACUUCGUCGAUGUCCUUCUGGAUAUGGAGAAUGAGAACAAGCUCAGUGCCUCUGAAAUGACUGCUGUCCUCUGGGAAAUGUUGUUUAGGGGGACUGAUACGGUGGCGAUUUUGCUGGAAUGGAUUCUUGCGAGGAUGGUUGUUCAUCCGGAGAUUCAGGCUCGGGCACAGGCGGAGAUUGACAACGUUGUUGGUCGGGAGAGGGCGGUGUCGGAUUCCGACCUUCCAAAUCUGCCAUAUCUGAGCGCCAUUGUGAAGGAGACUCUGCGGGUCCACCCGCCGGGCCCGCUGCUGUCAUGGGCGAGGCUGGCCGUGGGCGACACUCACGUCGGCGAGCACUUUAUCCCGGCGGGGACGACGGCGAUGGUCAACAUGUACGCCAUCACCCACGACGAGAGGAUCUGGUCGGAGCCGGAGAAGUUUCGGCCGGAGAGGUUCAUGGAGGAAGAUGUGCCCAUUAUGGGUUCCGACCUGAGGCUCGCCCCGUUCGGGUCCGGCCGCCGCGUCUGCCCCGGCAAGACGAUGGGCUACGCCACCGUGCAGCUCUGGCUGGCUCAGCUCCUCCACAACUUCUCCUGGGAGGCCUCUGGGGAGAAAGGGUUGGACUUGUCUGAGGUUCUGAAGCUUUCCAUGGAGAUGAAGCAGCCUCUGGCCUGCAAGGCGGUGGCUAGGGUUUUCUGAUGAAGAUGGGAUUUUCUGAUGAUGAAGAUGUGUGCGGUUGAUCUCAAUUUUGAAAGACGACUAACAAUGGAGAUCAUCAAUGGCUGGCUAUAUUAAUAUAAUAUAAGUAUUGUAUUUGGUUCUAGUUUGAUUUGUUUCCUUGUUUAGGGUUAGAGCCCUUAUGUUUUUCAUUUCUAGUAAUCUGUUGUGCAAGUAAUGUGUGGGGGUUUUCUAGUUUGGUAUGGUAGAAUGAAGAAGAAGCUUCAUGCAUUGUAAACAGCUUGCAUGUAUUUUCCAAUUAUUAUCCAAGCUUGUUAUCAGUGUAUUGACAUGAUGCUUUAAUUUC